AUGGAUUUAAUUGUUCAGGCUAAGUCUGGCACUGGGAAAACCUGUGUAUUCUCCACCAUUGCUCUGGACUCUCUUGUUCUUGAAAACCUAAGUACCCAGAUUUUGAUCUUGGCUCCUACAAGAGAAAUUGCUGUACAGAUACAUUCUGUUAUCACAGCCAUUGGAAUAAAAAUGGAAGGCUUAGAGUGUCAUGUGUUUAUUGGAGGGACUCCAUUAUCACAAGACAAAACCAGACUUAAGAAGUGUCAUAUUGCUGUUGGUUCUCCUGGCAGAAUUAAACAACUGAUAGAACUUGACUACUUGAAUCCAGGCAGUAUACGUCUCUUUAUUCUUGAUGAAGCAGAUAAGCUUUUAGAAGAAGGCAGCUUCCAGGAGCAAAUAAAUUGGAUUUAUUCUUCCUUGCCUGCCAGUAAACAGAUGUUGGCAGUGUCAGCUACUUACCCUGAAUUUUUGGCUAAUGCUUUGACAAAGUACAUGAGAGAGCCCACUUUUGUAAGACUAAAUUCCGGUGAUCCGAGUCUCAUAGGUUUGAAGCAGUACUACAAAGUUGUCAGUUCAUACCCUUUGGCCCAUAAGAUUUUUGAGGAAAAGACUCAGCAUUUACAAGAAUUGUUCAGCAAAAUUCCAUUUAAUCAAGCCUUAGUCUUUUCUAAUUUACACAGCAGAGCACAACACUUGGCUGAUAUCCUUUCUUCUAAAGGCUUUCCUGCAGAGUGCAUUUCAGGCAACAUGAAUCAGAAUCAGCGUCUUGGCUUCCGUAUUAGUCCUUCGGUCAUGAAUCACUCAUAA